AUGGCUAAACCAAACAACAACAUACCCCCAGCCAAGUUGAAAGCUGCUGCUGCAGCAGCGGCUGCUUCCAAACACAAACAAGACGGUGACAAUAUAUGGAAUGUUGAUCCAUUAGUUGAUCCUGUAUUUGGUAAAGGUCAAAUUCGUGAAUAUCUAAUCACCAAUCCUUCACCAAUUAUUUUACAAAAACGUCAAUUUGUCAAACAGGAAUAUUGGUUUUUGAUUGCCUUGGUUGUUAUUGGAUUAGUUGUCAGAUUACGGGGCCUAUCUUACCCUGACUCUGUUGUAUUUGAUGAGGUUCAUUUUGGUGGAUUUGCUAGAAAAUACAUUUUGGGUAAAUUUUUUAUGGAUGUUCAUCCACCAUUAGCCAAAAUGCUAUUCGCUGCUGUUGGAUCCAUUGGUGGGUUUAAUGGAGACUUCGAAUUCAAGAAAAUUGGUGACAAGUUUCCUGAAACUGUUCCAUAUGUGUUUAUGAGACAAUUUCCAGCAUUGUUGGGUGUUGCUACAAUUGUAUUGUGCUACUUGACAUUGAGACAAUCAGGUGUCCGUCCAAUUAUUUCAUUUGUUACCGCUUUGCUCUUGUUGAUUGAAAAUUCUAAUGUCACUAUAUCUAGAUAUAUCUUGUUGGAUUCACCAUUGGUGUUUUUCAUUGCCGCAGCCAUUUAUUCGUGGAAGAAAUUUGAAAUUCAAAUUCCAUUUACAUUUGGUUGGUAUAGAAGUUUGUUUGCCACUAGUGUUGCCUUGGGAUUAGCUUUAAGUUCAAAAUGGGUUGGUUUAUUUACUGUGGCUUGGGUUGGUUUACUUUGCAUUUACCAAUUGUGGUUUCUUAUUGGUGAUUUAAAUGUUUCCACAAGAAAAAUUUUGGCUCAUUUUUUCAUUAGAGGAUUCACGUUGUUGGGAGUACCCUUGGUGUUGUAUCUUGCAUUUUUCGCAGUUCAUUUCCAAAUGUUACCCAAUGAAGGUGAUGGUGGUGCCUUUAUGAGUAGUGCAUUCAGAGCUGGCUUAAAUGGAAACAAAAUCCCCACCAACAUCACUGCUGAAGUUGGCUUGGGUUCAAUUGUCACCAUACGUCAUCUCGAAACUCAAGGUGGAUACUUACAUUCACAUCAACAUUUUUACCCUACUGGUUCCAAGCAACAACAAAUUACCUUGUACCCACACUUGGACUCAAAUAACAAGUGGUUAAUUGAACCAUACAACGGAACAAUUUACAAUGAUACAUUUAUCCCUUUGAUCAAUGGUAUGAAGAUUAGAUUGAAACAUGUCAAUACUGGAAGAAGAUUACAUUCGCACGAUGAAAAACCACCAGCUAGUGAACGUGAUUGGCAAAAAGAAUGUUCAGCUUAUGGUUAUGAUGGUUUCAAUGGAGAUGCCAAUGAUGAUUGGGUAGUUGAAAUUGUUCAACACAAAACUAAAGACGAUGAUGCUAAAGCAUUUGUCAAGGCGUUAAAAACUGUUUUCCGUUUACGUCAUGCCAUGACUGGAAACUACUUAUUCUCCAGUGAAGUCAAGUUACCUGAAUGGGGAUUUGGUCAACAAGAAGUUACCUCUGCAUCUCAAGGUAAACGUGCAUUGACACAUUGGUAUAUCGAACAAAACGACAACAAGUAUUUACCUAAAGAGCGUCAAACAAUUAUUAAUUACCCUAAGUUAUCCCUUUGGGAGAAAUUUGUUGAACUGCACAAGAGAAUGUGGAAAAUCAAUUCUGGUUUAACUGAUCAUCAUCAUUGGCAAAGUGAUCCAUCUGAAUGGCCAUUUUUGUUGAGAGGUAUCAAUUAUUGGACAAGAGAACAUAAACAAGUGUAUCUCUUGGGUAAUGCCGUUACCUGGUGGGCAGCAACAACUGUCGUUUUUACAUUUUUCAUUUAUGCUGUUGUCACUGUAUUCAAAUACCAUUUAGGUAAACCCAUGGCGACAAAUAAGGAAGUUUUCAACUUUAAUGUGCAAACAUUUAGUUAUGUCUUGGGAUGGGCAUUACAUUACUUGCCCUUUUUCAUCAUGGGUAGACAAUUGUUUUUACAUCAUUACUUGCCAGCUUUGUAUUUUGCCAUUUUAUCAUUGGGCCAUUUCUUGGAAAUUUUCACAAACUAUUUCACUUCAUCUUCAAGGAUAUUGCGUCAAUUGGCCAUGGUUUUGGUGGCAUUAUUUGUCGUUUUCAGUACCGUGUUUUACCUCAAUUAUUCAUCAUUAAUUUACGCUACGCCAUGGACUAAAACUGCAUGUGAAGUUUCAAAGCCUUUCAAAUCUUGGGACUAUGAUUGCAACAAUUUCUAUACAAACAUUGCUCAAUACGAUUUUGCUCAAGAGUCUCCUGAUCUACUUGAACCGGCCAAUUGGCAUGUACGUGACGAAGCCAAGCAAACUCCAAAAGCAGUGCCCAAUAUUGCUAAAGAGGAGAAACAUAUUGAGAAACCACCAGCUGAUGCACAAGAAGCUCCAGCUAAGGCGCCUGAACAAUUGGCACCACCGGGCAUUGACAUUGAUACAAAAUCGAAUAACAAGCAAGGCGAAGAAGCACCUGUUGCAGCAGCACCUGUUGCUGAAGUUGAUUCCAAGGCUGACCCAGCUGCGCAAGAUGAUUCCAAAGUUGAACAAGCUCCCGCCAAUGAGGAGGUAAUCGAGGAGAAACUCGAACAAGUUGCUGAUGCACCAGUUGUGGAAAAUAUUGAAAAACCAGUGCUUGAUGAUAUCCCACAAUAUGAUCAAGUUGACGAUAUCAAUCAAAGAAUUGUUGAGGAAGAGUCAAUUGAUCCUCCAGUGCAGCCAAUAGUUGAAGAAAAACCAGUUGAUUCUCCAGUGCAACCUAUAUCGGAAGGACAGCAACAACCUGAACAACCCGUCUAG